AUGCGGAUCUCCUUCCUCCUUCUCACCGCCUCUCUGUGUGCCAUGGUCCUCCUCCUCGCACCUGCCUCGGAAGGCUGCGGGCCGGGGAGAGGGUACGGCAAGAGGCGGCUACCGAAGAAGCUCAUCCCGCUUGCUUACAAACAAUUUAGCCCCAACGUUGCGGAGAAGACCCUGGGCGCCAGCGGGAGACCCGAGGUCAAAAUUACGCGCAACUCCGAGCGCUUUAAAGAACUAACACCGAAUUACAACACAGAUAUCAUCUUCAAAGAUGAGGAGGACACGGGCGCCGACAGGCUCAUGACCCAGCGUUGUAAAGACAAGUUAAACUCUCUCGCCAUCUCAGUAAUGAACAUGUGGCCAGGUGUCAAGCUGAGAGUGACGGAGGGCUGGGAUGAGGAUGGCCAUCAUUCAGAGGACUCACUGCACUAUGAAGGACGUUCUGUCGACAUCACAACCUCAGACAGGGACAGAAAUAAGUACGCCAUGCUGGCCCGGCUGGCCGUAGAAGCUGGAUUUGACUGGGUCUACUAUGAGUCCAAAGCCCACAUUCACUGUAGCGUCAAGUCAGAACAUUCUGUGGCAGCCAAAACCGGUGGCUGUUUCCCUGGCGAUGCUCUGGUUAUUCUCAAGGGCGGGGCUACGAAACAGAUGCGUGACCUUCACCCUGGCGACCAUGUCUUGGCCUCCUCAACGACAGAUGGUCACGGGCCCCUUAUCUACAGCCCGGUGUCAUCCUUUCUGGACUACCAGCCCAACGCCACAAAGAUCUUCUACAAUAUUGGCACCAACACAGGACUUAAUAUUACUCUCACAGCCGCUCACCUGAUCUUUGUCACAGACUGCAUUGGUGGGCUGAGUGAGCCAAGCUGGAAAGAGACAGCUGAAGAUCCGCUUUUGUUCUUCAAAAGAUGGGAAGCAGGUCUGAGGACAGUGUUUGCCAGUGAGGUCCACCCAGGACAGUGUGUACUUACAUCACAAGGGAAAGUGAUGUCACAGGCAUCACUUUCAGUUGUGACCUUUGUGGAAGAACAAGGGGGCACUGGGUUGUAUGCCCCACUAACUCAGCAUGGGUCCAUAGUCGUGAACGGUGUGCUGGCGUCCUGCUAUGCUGCUGUGAACAAUCACCAUUUGGCCCACUGGGUCCUGGCACCACUGAGGUUCUUUUACAGCUUGAUGAGACCUUCAGAACCGCAGACCGACGGCCUGCACUGGUACCCUUGGCUUCUACAGAGGCUGGGGCAAACGCUGUUGGGCGCUGAACACUUCCACCCAUGGGGGAAUGAGCAAGGACAUCGAUAGGAGCCACAGAGACAUGUUUCACACUGAUAACUUCAUUCGUUUACCUGUAUUCAGGAGCACCGAAAAACAGAUCGCGGGACCACCAAAGACAGUUGAUUUCAUAGUGAGCAUUUGUUUUCACCACCACUUGCCUGUAUUUUUUUUUGUAUGUCACCAAACUCCUUUUUGUAGCACAUGGGACAAAGAGAAGAGACUGGUCAGAUUAGUCUCGUGAUUUCAUUAAUUCCAGAAGAUUUAGAGAACUGGAAAGUUAAUCAAAGACAGUUCUGAUAAAUUAGAAUAUUAAAAAUACGGACAUAAAUACAUCCCUUGUUCAAUUUAAGAGGUGACUAUCUUUGUAAUUAUGUGUAUGUUUAAACACAUGGAAUGUAAUUUGAAACAAUAGCGUCCAUGAAAACAUCGUCAAAUUAGGAAGUGAAGAUAAUCAAGUUUCAUUAUUCCUUUGUCAUGUAUUCACUGUAAUGUGUGAACAUCUGAGGAGCUUGACAUCAGUCUGGGGCUUACUGAUACAGUUGGAGAACAUAUACACAUUUGAGGACACCUUUUGUGACACAUUUUGGGAGCAUCAGGUUUCAGAGAAAAUGUUAUGGUGAACAAUUGAAGAAAACACUUUUUGGAAGACAAACAAGAAAAGAGAAUAACGUGGAGAAAACUAGUGACUGAACAAGGUGUGAUUUAAAGCUCUAUGUACAUAAGUAUUUAUACAGUUACAACAUGUUAAUAAAAGACAACACAUUCACUUUACUGUCAGUCGUCACUGCAGUAACUCCAUUGAUGCUUUACUCUUUCAAUAGAGCCUGUUUUUUUAGAAUGAAUUUACUGAAUAAUAUUUGAAUGGGCAAUGAGGGAUGAAGUUCUGUGUGUUAAAUGAAUGCAAUGUUGCAAUUUGCGAGUGUUGCAAAAUAGCUUCCCAUCUGGGGCUUUGUUGGAUGACUCUAGAAUUACAGGGAAUGAUGAUGGACACUGUGUGUAUACUAAAGAUACAAGAUAUGUGCAUGGAAUUAUAAUGGCAACGCUGUCAAUGUGGUUUUCCAAGUAAAUCACAUGCAUUCAGUGAUCUUGAUUGUCCCAGGCUGAUAUGUGGUCCAUAUAUACAUCUUCCUGUUUUUUCUAUCAGUUAUUUUAUUUAAAAAGGUGUUUGUUUUGUGACAUGUUUUCAUUGUUUCAGGUUUUUCAAUUUUCAGGUCAGUAGUAUCUACUUAAGGUAUACGCGACACUCAGGCUGUAUUCAACUACUGUAAUAAGCAACAGCUAUGAUCAUAUUAAAUGACUCUUUAAUCUCGAAUAGUACAUUACUUGAAAGCUCUCUUCUGUACAGCUAUUUAAUUUUUCAAACAUUAUAGGAGAACAGAUGUGAUGGGUGGCUGAAUGAAUUUGGAUAAACAUGUUUUUCAUAUUGCCCGAAUUGUUCUUCCAGCUGUCACGUAUUAAAUAUAAAUACUCAAACUUUGCUAUCUAGGAACUCCAAGGCAAUAUUCUGUAUGCCUUCUAAAAUGUGUCACAUAUGUAUAUCAAGCUAUUGUGGGAGAGACUAUUUAAAUAUCUAUUUUUAGAAAAUAAUGUAAACUAUUAUUAUUUUUCGACAACUCUGAGGACACAAUUUGUUUUUGAAACAUAAAGUUGUUGUUUUUAAACCCCAA